AUGAUUCCAAGCCGGGUCGCCGACGAUUUUCACGGCGUUCCGAUUUUCGACGCCUCGAAUGAGAAGCUUUUUGUGAGUUUUCUUUUUGAACAAUAAGGUGAAUAGAAAUAUUCAGAUUCCCCGAUCGAUGAGCGACGACAUCGACGAGAAGAUUCGGCACGCCGGCGACGUCCUUCAUCGUUGGUCGGAUGACAGGAAGAAUAUCGUCAACGACCUUCUGAAAAUCGCCGAUGAUGUUGGUUUUUAUUAAUAUAAGUUUUAGCGUUGAUUAAAGUUUUCUAGAAAAAGUUAGGUUGGUUCAAUACAUAGACAGAAAAAGGCUCCAUAGAAGUGUUCCUUUUAGAGAAAGGCUUCUUUUUUGCUGCCUUUUUGCGCCAUUUUCUCGGCUCUUAUGCUCCAUUUUCGCUGCCUUUUCCUUUUUCUACCAUUUCAUGAUUCUAGAAAAAAUAGUAGGUUCGAUAAAGGGACUCUUUUUGCUGCCUUUCUGCAGCCUUUUUUGAGCCUCUCCCUUUUAGCGGCCAUUAUCCACCAUUCCGACCUUGCCCGAGUAAUUGGUGUGACAUGUCUGCGCUCUCCACUAAUCAGACACUAUUUCUCUUUUUCAAGCGUGUCAGAACCCUUUUUUUGAUGGCUCAAACCAGCCUUGGAUUAGUUAUAGUGACGCCAUGACACAGCGUUAAUGUGUGUGUGGGCGGAACUUUUUUCGUUCGACUUAAGGAUUCUAGAGUGGCCCCUGAAGGGGUUCGGGGGAAAAACAGCCCCCGUAGAGGUCGAAAAAUGGUCCCUACAGUUGUAAAAUUUAGGUGGUCCCUAUAGGGUCUUAGGGUCUGGCCCCUCAACCCCUAAAGCUCAAGUGGACCCUAUAGGGGUCUUUCAAUUUCACUCAAAAAAGGCUGCUUUAUUCAGUUUUGCACACGGAAAUGCGUCUUUGCAUAGAGUUCAAGAAAAUUAUCGACCAGCAUCUCCCCUAUAGGGGCCACUAAAAAAUACCCUAAUGGGGAACACUUGUGCAAGCUUGAGGGGUUCUAUAGGGGUUGGUAAAGGGGUCUCUAGUGGGCCCUAAUAGAGUUCAUAACUAUUAUAGACUAGCGAGUCUCAUUUUUUUUAAACCAUACUUCAAUCAGAACAUUCGACAGGUGGACUCCAUGGCAAGAGGAUGCGCCAUCUCUACAGUAGUUGGGAGUACGGUAGGCGUCGGGGGCGGAGCCGCCGUCAUCGGUGGUCUGAUCCUGAUGCCCCCAGUCGCCGUGGCUGGCCUCGUCGUUGGAACCUUCGCUGCGGCGUCGAAUUUAGUCACCGGCGCGACCAAAAUUAUUCAUUUGAAGGUGCAGUUUUUUUUUUUACACUUUCAGUUUUAUAAUAUUUUGUUGGAAGUAAUGAAAAAAUAAAAGAAUCCUUUUCAAAUUUGGUUUUCAGAUGAAAAUGAACGUGGUGAAAGAGCUUUUGGAGAAAGACCAAAAGGCUCUGGAAGAACUCGAAGCGACGGUCAAGGCGGUGUUGGAGUUGAUCAACUCGGCCAAGGCGAUAGUGAGUUGAAGUUUGGAAAGAGAACAUUUCAACGUCCCCAAUAUCCGAAAUAUAGUAAAAUUUGAUUUUUCUCGAUGCGAGAAAAAAUUUAGGAACUUUAGAGUGGUCCCUAUGGGGGCAACCUUAAGGGCCCUUGGAGGGUCCCCUCUAGAAAUUACUUUAACGACCCCUGUAAGGGCCACUAAAGCUCGCAAAAGUGGCCCCUAUAAGGGACAUGCUAGUAGAUAAUUUUUAUGCACUCCAUGCGAAUAAUUAAAUUGGUAAGCGUUUUUAAAUGAAGUUAAAAGACCCCUAUAGGAAUCACCUAAGCUUCAAGGGCUAAAGGGUCAGAAUAGGUGCCACCUUAAUUUUACCCCUUGAAGAGACCACUUUUUCGGCUCCCAUAAGGGCUGUUUUUCCUCUCUACCCCUAUAGGGUCCACUCUGGAUCUCCUAAGCAAAGUUGCUUUCUUUCUUUUUUCGUUUGAAAAACUUUAAAAAUCAAAAAUUCAUCUUGACAGAAAAUUUUAAAAAAUCCGUCAUUUGGUUAAAAGACCCAAUUUUUCUCUUCAAACAAAAAAACAGAAAUUUUAAAAUCGCUGAAAUUCCGUAGAAAACGAGAUUAAAAAAAUGUUUCUGCUUGUCUUUUUUUGUAUUAUGCAACCAUUUUUCAGGGCGAAAAUGACUCGAUCGGGCCCAAAGAACUGCUGAACAACGUGUUGAGCGGCGGCGCCAUGGGCACCAUGGUCGCUGGAAUGUUCGUGAAACAAACGGUACCUUCUUUUGCGAUGAAACUACUCGAAAGAAAUAUUUUAAGGCCCGAUUCUCGACAUCUUUAGCGUUACGGGCCACGUUGCACGCGGCGGCCGCCGUUGGGAUCGUUCUCGACAGUAUUUCCCUCAUUUCCAGCGCUUUGGUUCGUUUUUAAAAAAUUAAUUAUUGGGAAUCAAGAAAACAAGAAAAGAUGAAGUAUCGAAAUCAUGAAAAUCCAUACCAUUCACGCUCACGUUAACGUAUGUCAUACGAGCUUUUUUUUUUAGAAAAUCGGAUUUUUGAUCUAUUUCAGGUCAGAUAACUUAUGCUAACCAAGGCGAAAAAAAUAAUUUAGAGAAAUUAUAAAGUAUGUUCUUAGUAUUCAACAAGAAGAACUUAAUGAGACGCGAGAAAUUUCGAUUUCAAAUAAGUUUCAUCCAAAAAAUCCCUAUUUCGCGACUUUAUUCUAAAAAUGAAAGAAUUUUUUUAUUCAGAAAAAAAUUUUCUAUAGUCUGUUCAGGUUUUUUUAAUGUCAACCAGCUAACUUCGCCCCCCGCUGAGAGGGUACCUUUUCGCGUCGAUGUUUUAUCGUGCGGGAUUAAUUUUGAUCUUUUUUUGAUCUAAAAGAUAGAAAAAAAGAAGUCAAAAAAAUGCAGCCUUAUUAAAGGGAAAUCGUCAUCUGUAGAUAAAAAAAUUAACGCGAAAGAUAUUGUAGCCUUGGGGGUGGAGUUAGCUGCUUGACAUUAAAAAUCUGAACAGACUAUAUAAUUUCUCGUUCUAAAGGAGUUAAAACGAGGCGAAGCGUCCGAUGCUGCCAAAAAGAUCCGAGAUCUCGCCAGCGACUUGGAAAAUCACCGGAAAGACGUCAAUACCGCUUUCAUGAACAAAAACGUGUGGGAUUACGAUGAUGAUUUAAAUAAGUAG